AUUCGUCAUGUCAGUCAGUACAUAAUUGAGAGUUUAAGAAUUACUUAUUAACGGAAUUUUCUAAUAAUCGUAGUUUCUUAUUAAUUAUAAUAGAAAGAUAGUACUUUGUAAUAUCUUUAAAAAUAAGGGCGUAAUAUGUGAAACUUUACAAUAGAUUUAGCUAUGCUUCUAGCCAAAAUGAAGCCUCGAAUAUUGAGAUUAAGAAAGGAAAUUAUACAUUAUAGAGGUUAAAAACAGACAAAAGAAUUUGAAUGAUGUUGAUUAAUCAAGAGAGACUAGACACAUAAAAAAAAUAUUCGCCAUGGCAACUACGGCUCAAGGCAUCACGUGUGCUAAUUUUUUAUUUUACAACAAUUUUGACUCUGCUAAUUUGGCCAGAGUUGAGUCGGUUUCAGCUUCAGAUACGAUAGAACGUGAUGGUUGUAAUAUCGGCAUCGGACCAUCUAGAAUUACAGAACAAUUAUUUGAUUAUGAAUUUAAUGUAUGGACGAAACAUGAUUGUCAUGGAACAGAGUUUCAAAAUGAUAGUAGGACAUGGUUUUACUUUGGUAUCAAAGCUCCGGUCCCAGGAGCUUGUAUUAAAAUCAAUGUGGUUAAUCUUAACAGACAAUCAAAAAUGUUUAGUCAAGGAAUGUGUCCUGUUUUUAAAGUUAUUCCAGGUCAUCCUCACUGGGAACGAAUACGUGAUAAACCGACUUAUACCAUGGACCAGAAAGGCAAUGAAUUUACAAUAUCAUUCACCAUUCGUACUCCAGAUAAUUUGAAAUCCAUUUUAUAUGUUGCUUUUACGUAUCCUUUUACGUAUGGAGACCUUCAAUAUUAUUUAAAUAAAAUUGACGCAAGAAUGUCUAAACAAAAUGUAACAAGUGCAGAUGCUAUUUAUUAUCAUAGGGAAUGUGCUAUAAAUUCAUUAGAAGGAAGAAGACUUGAAGUGUUGACAAUCAGUUCUCAUCAUAAUAUUUCAACAGAAAGAGAGGCUAGAUUAAAAGGAAUGUUUCCAGAAUGUGAAGUAGAAAGACCGUUUAAAUUUCGUGGGAAGAGAGUUGUAUUUGUAAGUGCUAGAGUUCAUCCAGGAGAAACACCGUCCAGCUUUGUGUUCAAUGGCUUUUUAAAUUUUCUAUUAAAUAAUGAAGAUCCAAUAGCUAUUAUACUCCGCCGUAUUUAUGUGUUCAAAUUAAUACCAAUGCUUAAUCCGGAUGGUGUUGCACGAGGCCAUUAUCGAAUGGAUACUCGAGGUGUUAAUCUUAAUCGAGUAUAUCUCAAUCCUUCUAUCACAGACCAUCCGACUAUUUUUGCUGCACGAAGUUUGAUAAGGUAUUAUCACUAUUUUUAUGAAGAAAAAGAGGACAAUAUUAGCGAGCUUCAAAAGUUAUCAACGGAUAAGAAUAAAUGUCUUGAACAAUUAAAUUCAACUUGUGUAAAUGUAAAGAAAGAUAUUGAACUGAUCUCAUCAACUGAUAAUGAAAAUAUAGAAGAAAUUCAGGAUAAAUCAGACGAAUAUUCCGAAAAUGUAGGAAAGAAAAAUACUUUGGACAUUUCUUCUAAUGCAAGUAAACUAUCAAAAAGUUCAGAAGAUUCAGGCCUAUUUUUAUACAUUGAUUUGCAUGGCCACGCUACAAAAAAAGGAAUCUUUAUGUAUGGAAAUUACUUUGAUAAUUCAGAUGACACGAUAAUGUGUAUGUUGCUUCCAAAAUUAAUGUCGAUCAAUAAUUGUAAUUUCCAUUUUACUUCGUGCAAUUUUACAGAAAAAAAUAUGUAUCUCAUUGAUAAGAGAGAUGGAAUGUCAAGAGAAGGUUCUGGUCGGGUAGCAGUCUACAAAAUGACGGGGUUGGUGAGAAGUUAUACUCUAGAAUGUAAUUAUAAUUCGGGUCGUCUAGUUAAUACGAUUCCUGCAAGAGUGCGAGAUACUUUAGUAAAAUCACAAGGACAGAUGUUUGUACCACCGAAAUAUACACCCACUGUAUUCGAGGAGGUUGGAGCAGCGUUAGGACCAUCAAUUCUUGACCUAACGAAUAGUAAUCCAAAUAGUCGUAUUCCAAAUAGUCAGUAUCGUUCUUUAAGGGGUGUAAAAUCUUAUUUGAAGUUGACUUAUGUGAACAAUGUCACAAGUACUAUCAACAAGCCACGAUUGAAGGGUUUGUCAAGUCAUGAAAUUGGUCCUAAAGAUUCGUCAUAUUUUGAAGAUAUUGUGACAACUACUAUAAAUACUUUACCAUCCGAGGAAUCAGGCAGUAGUCAAAAGCAAAGAGAUAUCCCAUCAAAAUCACGAAUAGUUUGUCAUACGUCAUCACUGUAUAGUGCUGUGAAGCGAAUCAAAAGCGGGAAGAGAAGUGCCAGGCCACUAUCAGCAAAUUGUAAGUUUGUGAAGAAUCAACGUCAUUUGAAUAAUGUCGAAAAUGGCCCAGUUUCUAAAAUCAGAUCAUCUCGAAUCGGUUUAAAGGCGACUGUGCUUAAGACAACCGGAUUGCGCUACUUGGUCGGCGACAUUUAUCACCAUCGUCAUCAUCAAGUGAAUCGAAUGACUAGUAAUCGAGGAAAGAAGACAAUUGUAGAGUUUAUUGGGGAACAAACAUCAGUUUUGAAGAAGGGUACUAAGAGAAUUAAAAUAUCAGAAAGUAUUUCAAAGACUAAGCCAGAAGUUGGAGAAUCAUCUAAACAAGGUGGCGAGAGUUUUACACGAAAAAAAAUAACUUUGACCGGAGAUAAAAAUGUAAAAUAUAAAUUAUCGAGAUGAAAUAAACAUGAACAUGUGAAGUAA